AUGCUGCUGAUCGAGGCUGAGACCCCCUCCCAAACUCGACGCCCCCCCGGGAGCCCGGAGGUGGGCGAAGGGCGACGGAGAACUCGGGAUGCGUCCGAGGGGACCCGGAUCAGCCACGACCUGGGCGGGGGCAGCCUGGCCAUCGACACCCUGCCGGCCAACGAGACCCGGAUCGUGGAGGACAACCACAGCUACUACGUGUCGCGGGUGUUCGGCCCCGGGGAGGCCCAGAGGAAGGGGCUGUGGGUGGACAUGGCAGCGGCCAACGGGAGCCAAGUGAAGAUCCACGGGAUCCUCUCCAACACCCACCGCCAGGCCUCGAGGAUCAUCCUCUCCUUUGACUUCCCCUUCUACGGACACCUCCUGCGGCAGGUCACGAUAGCGACGGGCGGUUUUAUCUUCGUGGGGGACGUGAUCCACCGCAUGCUCACGGCCACCCAGUACAUCGCCCCCCUCAUGGCCAACUUCAACCCCAGCUACUCCCGCAACUCCACCGUCCAGUACCUGGACAACGGGACAGUUUUCGUGGUGCAGUGGGACAAGGUGUUCUUGCAGGGGAAGGAGGACAUGGGCAGCUUCACCUUCCAGGCAGCCCUGCACAGCAGCGGGAGGAUCGUCUUUGGGUACAAGGAGAUCCCGGUGCCAGUCCUGCAGAUCAGUGCCACCCAGCACCCCGUGAAGGCCGGGCUCUCCGACGCCUUCAUGGUCCUCAACCCUUCUCCUGAUGUGCCUGAGUCCCGGCGCCGGACCAUCUACGAGUACCACCGUGUGGAGCUGGACACCAGCAGGAUCAGCAGCCUGUCUGCCGUGGAGUUCACCCCCCUGCCCACUUGUCUCCAGCACCAGAGCUGUGAAACGUGUGUGACCUCGGAGCUGACCUUCAACUGCAGCUGGUGUCACGUCCUGCAGAGGUGCUCCAGUGGCUUUGACCGGUACCGGGAGGAGUGGUUGUCCUAUGGCUGUGGCCAGUCAGAUGAGAAGACCUGUGAGGAUCUGGCAGAAGGCAGCCACUACUCAGCCCCUCCUGACAGCUCCUUGUCCCCUCUGAGCGAGGGUGUCACCACCUCCACGGCCUCGCUCUUCAUCGACAGCCUCACCACCGAAGACGACACGAAGCUCAAUCAGUUCGCAGGAGCAGAGGGCAUGGGGAGCAGCCUUCCUUCCAAGACGGCCCCGAUUCCCACCGGCACCAUCGUGGGGAUCGUCCUGGCCGUGCUGCUCGUGGCCGGGAUCAUCCUGGCCGGGAUCUACAUCAGCAGCCACCCCACCUCCAACGCCGCCCUCUUCUUCAUCGAGCGGAGGCCACACCACUGGCCCGCCAUGAAAUUCCGGAAUCACACCCACCACGCCACCUACGCCGAGGUGGAAGCAGCCAGCCAGGAAAAGGAGGGAUUUGUGGAAGCAGAGCAGUGCUGAGUGAUCCCCCCCCUCCUCCUCCUCCUCCUGCAUCCCGAACCUGCCGCGUCCCACGUGUCGGAACCUCCCGUUAUCCCACUGCAAAGUCCGUCCCCUUCCUGGAGGAGAAACGGCGAGGAGAGAGGAAAAAAAGGACCCAAAAAAUCGAGAUUUAU